GUCAGUGGACCCAAGGAGACCGGGCGGUCUGCCUUUCUGCGGCCGGGGACCCGACUGAAGUGAUGCAUUAAGCGUGCUCGGAACAUCCUGUGCAGCCCAGAAUCUCGGCAAGCUGAGCCACCGGACGAUCGGUCCGGAGUGUCAACGGAGCCAUCCAGGACACUGUCUCUCGUUGGGGCCGCCGAACUGUACAGACUCAUCGGUUCGACUUCCUUUGCCCAAGACCGGAGGCGUGUCACUGCGAGCACUCAGUCCCGGACCGGCAGGUGCCUGUCCGCACGAAACAGCGCGGGAUGGCCGCCGGGUUCCGGACAGCUUCGUGUUGGGGGUUAUUGUCAUUCAGGGACAUAUCAAUGGAGUUCACCUGGGAAGAAUGGCAGUUACUGGAUUCCACACAGAAGUACCUAUACAGGGAUGUGAUACUGGAAAAUUAUAGCCACCUGGUGUCUGUGGGGUAUCAUGGUACCAAACCCGAUUUGAUCUUCAAGUUGGAGCAAGGAGAAGAGCCAUGGAUAAUAAAUGCCAGAAUUUCCCAUCAGAGCUGUUCAGAAGGUUGGAAAGAAUGGUCCCUGAAAAAUCAAGAUGAGCUCAAAAGUGUUGAGAGAGGCUAUACUUAUAAUGCAUUUGGGAAAUUUCAUCCCUGCAAAACCCAUGUUUCUUCAAGACAAAGAUUCCAUAAAUGUAACACACAUGGAAAAAGUUCAACAGAAAACUCAGGUUCAACAAGAAGCUAUCUAAGAAAGAGUUCUGGUAAGUUUCAUGGAUAUAAAGAGUCAUAUUUUCUUAAGCAUCAAAGAACUCACAAUAUAGAAAAAAACUGUGUGUGUAGCGAAUGUGGGAAAGCUUUUCGUUGCAAAUCACAGCUCAUUGUACAUCUCAGAAUUCAUACAGGAGAGAGACCUUAUGAAUGCACUAAAUGUGAGAGAGCCUUCAGUGCCAAGUCAAACCUGAAUGCUCAUCAGAGAGUUCAUACAGGAGAAAAACCCUACUCAUGCAGUGAAUGUGGGAAAGUCUUCUCUUUCAGGUCACAGCUCAUUGUUCACCAGGAAAUCCACACAGGAGGGAAACCUUAUGGUUGCAGUGAAUGUGGGAAAGCCUACAGCUGGAAAUCACAGCUUAUUUUACACCAGAGAAGUCAUACAGGAGUGAAACCCUAUGAAUGCAGCGAGUGUGGGAAAGCCUUUAGUUUGAAAUCACCAUUUGUUGUACACCAGAGGACUCAUACAGGAGUGAAACCCCAUAAAUGCAGUGUAUGUGGGAAAGCCUUUAGGAGCAAGUCCUACCUCCUCGUUCACAUCAGAAUGCACACAGGAGAGAAACCCUAUCAGUGCAGCGAUUGUGGGAAAGCCUUCAAUAUGAAGACACAACUUGUUGUGCAUCAGGGAAUUCACACAGGAAAUAAUCCUUACCAAUGCAGUGAAUGUGGAAAGGCCUUUGGUAGGAAGGAACAGCUUACUGCACAUAUGAGAGCUCAUGCAGGAGAGAAACCUUAUGGAUGCAGUGAAUGUGGAAAGGCUUUCAGUAGCAAGUCAUACCUUGUUAUACACAGGAGAACACACACAGGAGAGAGACCCUAUGAAUGUAGUUUCUGUGAGAGAGCCUUUUGUGGGAAAUCACAGCUGAUUAUACAUCAGAGAACUCACUCGACAGAGAAGCCGUAUGAGUGCAACGAAUGUGAGAAAGCCUAUCCUAGGAAGGCAUCACUUCAGAUACAUCAGAAAACUCACUCAGGAGAGAAACCUUUCAAAUGCGGAGAGUGUGGGAAAGCCUUCACUCAGAAGUCAUCUCUCAGUGAACAUCAGAGAGUUCAUACAGGAGAGAAACCAUGGAAAUGCUCUGAAUGUGGGAAAUCCUUCUGUUGGAACUCAGGGCUUCGUAUACAUCGGAAAACUCACAAAUAAAUUAGAAUGAAGUCAAUGUUAGAGACACUUUCACAAAAGCUGACUCAGGAGACUUCAGAUGAUAAUAUAGAGGGGAUAUAUAAGCAGGAAGUCCUAAAAAUACACUCAGAUCAAAUAUAGAAUAUAGGAAGGGGAUGAAUCAUAGUUGGAAUGAAUCUGUAUAUGCUUCCAGAAAUGAGCCAAAUCUUUAUAGAGAAGAGAAUUGAAGGAAUGAAGAGCACUGUCAAGUGUAGUGGCAUUAUUAUGAAGACUUAAUUUAGAGAAUUCACACUAAAAACACCUCAUGAAUUUAAUAAAUUCAGAAAGCAUUUUCCCAGAGAAAAUGUGUUACAUGGGAAGUCUAGAUUUGAAGCUAUUAUUUAUUUUAGAGUGAAGAAAAUCUCAGUUGUAAACACUUUUUUAUGGUGGAGUAUAAAUUUUUUAAAUAUGUAAAUAAAGCAGUGAGCGAGAAAACAGUAAGGGACAUAUGCUGAAAGUUAAGGGAUAUUUAGUGGGACUUUCUUGAGUAACACUAGCAGUACCUGAAUAGCAUUUUGUAAAUUUUUGGUAUUUUAUUUUUUAAUAGAACUUGCUAUACAUAUAUUUGAUAGUCUGUGGAAUAACAUCCCCAGUAUUCUCCACAUUAAAUGAUAACAGUAUUGUCUAUUUCUUAGCAAUGUAAUUAAAAUGUGGCUUUUAAUCAAUGUGGU